AUGGGCGACAAUAAUAUCGGCGGUAAUAAUAAUUAUAAUAAUAAUGGACACAUUUGGCGGCCAUUUGAUGUCCACCACCACCGCCAACACCACACCCGUGAUAACAAUGAUGACUACGUGACACAUAACGUGUCGUCUAAUACUGUCAUCGCCAUCACCACCGGUACAGUAGUCAGCAAAACGUAUGCUAACUGUCCUCCGAUGACUAUUAUGCAACCACCAUAUUAUCCCAAUAGUACUAAUAAUAGGGAACCGGUAGUAGCCAAUGGUGGUGGUGGACAGGUAGAUGAUGGUGGUGGUGGUGGUGGUGUUUGGAUAAGCAAUAAUACUACUAGACUGGCCAAUCAUCUGUGCGGCAGUAAUAUAGCUAUUGUUAAUAAUAAUAAUAUUAUUAAUACUACGGUAAACCCGGUGACCAACAACACUGUUAUUAUAGGACCAGUAGCUACCGUACCCGCGCCGGUUAUAUUACCGAAACAACAGCAACAAAUGGCCGGUUGUUGUUCGCCGCCGCCGGUGUCGACGACUACUACCGGUGCCGCCGCCAAUCAUCCACAUCAUCGACAACCGUAUGUCUGCGACCAACGCGAUUGUGGCAAACAAUUUCGGUUUCGGUCGGCACUGGAAAAUCAUCGUUUAGUCCAUUCGGAUGAUCGGCGAUUUCAGUGCGGUCUGUGCGGCAAACGAUACAAACAGCUGAGUGGCCUCUAUUCGCACGAAUCGUCCAAACAUUCGGCGAUUAAAGGCAAACGAUUUGUCUGUCAGUUUUGUGGCGACUAUUUUGUCGAUUACCGUAAUCUCAGGAUUCACGAAUACAAUCAGCACAAGUGUCCGUCGCUAUUGGCUAAACAACAGCAGCCGAUGCCGACAACAACACCGACACUGACAUCAACAGCACCGUUGUCUCCACAGUUGACCGUAGCGUCCAAUGGAUAUCAAAUGGACGGACAGAUUACCGGAGUCGACAUCAAACAUAGGAUGGAUGUAUCAGUAGUGUUGAUGGCGACGGCCGUGGCGGCCAUCGAUGACGGUAGCGGACAGUCCAGCGAUACUACUGUUAGUAGUAGUAGUAGUAGUAGUGGUAGUCGUAGUAGUUGUGGUGUCGGUAGUGAUAGUAGUAGUAGUAGUAGUAAUAGUUAUCGUAAGAAAAAAGUUUUUCUACAACUAAGACAAACUGAUCAUAAAUUUUGA